AUGACAGCAAACAGCACACUUUUACUCUCUGAGUGCAAUUACUCAGAAAUGUUAUCCAAAGUGGACUGUGGACCACCAAAAGACAUUGCUGGUGCUUCAAAGUCCUAUAAUAGCACUACCUAUAAAUCUCAAGUAAUCUACACUUGUCCAGAAGGAGAAACAUUAAAAUCGAGAUGUGAAGAUGACAAUAAAUGGACUCCAGUACCAUCUACCUGUAAAGUUGCUGAGAGGCAUUUUGUGAAAGUCACAGAUGGAAUUCUGGAUGUAUCUGGGAAAACAUUGGUCAAGAAAAAUAUAACAGCUGAUGCUUGUGGAGAAAGAUGUUUGUCUGAGCCAAAUUGUUUAGCAUUUGAAAUAACUAAAAGAGGUGGAAACUGUUACUUAACGAAUGAAACUGCAGCUUCCACCAAGAAAAUGAAAUCAGACAAAAGCAGAGAUUAUUACCAACGAAUAAACCCAAAUGAUGAAAUUAUUAAAUUUAAAAAUACUAUGAUACCAGGAGAAGAUACUUUUGAACGGGUGAAUAAUGUGAGCUUAAAGAAGUGUGCUCAAGCUUGUAAUCAAAAUCCAAAAUGUAAUUCUUAUGAGUACCAUGAAAAACACAAGUUCUGUGAUCAAAGUAAUGUGACUCACUUGUCUCAUGAACUUCAACCCAGCAAAUGGGGUUGGGAUGUAUACAUCGUUAACCCAGAUUAUUCACAAAUUGAGUGUGGACCUCCAAAAGAAGUUGUUGGUUCAGUGAAGUCCUAUAAUUCCACCAUGUAUAAAUCUGAAGUCACCUAUACUUGCCCAAAAGGAGAAAAAAUGAAGUCAAUGUGUGAAAAGAACAAUGAGUGGACUCCAGUCGUAUCUUCUUGUUAUGAUGCUGCGAUCUAUUUUGUGAAAGUAAAUGAUGCAUCUCUGGAUGUGACGGGGAAAAUAUUGAGUAAGAAUGCAGUAACAGCAGACGCUUGUGCAGAAAGAUGUCUUUCUGAUAAAAAUUGUUUAUCAUUUGAAAUGUCUAAAGGAAAUGAAUAUAUAGACAAUUAUUUGUGUAAAGACACAAAUGACAGACAUAAACAUAUUCUAGAAAUAUGCAGUAUUAAGAACUGUGAAUACUGGCAGCACAUUCUAACACAAUUUUUGUUCACUUUGAACACAUAA